ACUAUCAUGGCGUACAGAGACGAGAUCGACGAUGGGUUUGAUGCAGUUGUUUUUCUGGAGGAAAGAUGCUAUGAAGAAGGUCAUAAGAGAGGCUAUCAGGAUGGUCUUUUGAAGGGUAUGGAAGAAGGACGAGAACUUGGUAUGGUGAAAGGAAGCGAAGUUGGAGGCGAGGUUGGAUUCUAUCUUGGAUUUGUCUCUCUCUGGCUUGAAAUUUUGAAUGAAACUCCUGACCCAAAACAAAGGCAUAUUAAGUUGUUAGAGACAUUAAAGGAGAUGAUCUCUUCUCUCCCAAUAAAUGAUGUCACCAGUGAGGAAUUAUUUGUUAACCUUGAAAAGAUUCGGGCCAAGUAUAAACAGCUUUGUUCACUGUUAGGUAUUAGCACCUGUUAUAGUGGUGGUACGUCUGGAGCCUCCUUCUGAGAUAAAGCUAUUCAUUAGUAAAGGCUACUGUGUUGGAACCAGAAUUCAUUUUCCCGAAAGGUUCCUGGCCCAAUUUCACAAGAAUGAAGACUAAACAGGAGCUUAUUUGGGACUCUUACAUUGACAAGGUGUAGGCAGUUGUGCUAUUAGAAGGUUUUGGAAUGUGGGCAGAAGAUUGCACAUUACAUAACAGAAGCAGCCCACAAUGAAGCAUAGGGGCAAAGAAUGAGCUGUUACCAUGGUCUGGAAACAGGGCCUUAACUGUUUCUGUGAUGUUAAGAGGCAAUCAUUUGUGUUCAAGCAUUAUUCAUAGUGAAUUUUUAUCUUGCUCUUCUUUACAAAGUACAUCUUUCUUAAAUUUACACUAGUUGAUCAUUAGCUUGAACAGCAGUAUUUUCACUUCCUUCAACGGAGGGGAGGGCCCUCCCCAUCCCUUCCCCUCCUCAGCCCUUGACAUGACUUUUGCCAAACAUUUGCCUUGCUCUCACUUCUUCAUUUGGCUCAAAGGAAAUACUGUUGAGCAGAAAAUCAUUUUCAACAACUUUCUGAAAACAAGCAACAUUCAUAUUAUAUACACCUGAGUAGUAUUUCAUGUAAAAGCUUAAUAAUCCAAUCAUUAAGCCAUACUUACUGUUUGUGCUUGAUAAAUGGUGAUCAUUUAGUCUUGUAAACAACAGCUACUGCAAAUUCUGGUGCCCAUAGCCAGGUUAUGUUAGAUGCAAGGUGGAAUAUACCGUGCUAUGGAUAUGGAUAAGAAACAGCUUGGAAUUUUGAUUUUUAGUAUUAUCAGCAAGGAACCUACCUAUUGUUGGAGAUAAGUAUGUUUUUAAUAUGACCACAAAUGGUAUUUUUAAAAUAUUAUAAAAAAUUCUUUUAUUAAGGGCCAUAUGUGAUGGCUGUCCUUGGUCUGCAUGUUGUGGCCUUGAACCAGAUAUUUUCUCUCCCACUUAAUCAAUGAAUGUGGUAGACAACUCUUCUCAAUUUACAAUAGAAAUUACAAUUUUUUGAAAUGGGGGAAAUUGCUGAGGGAAACGCAUCAGAUAUUGUAUUAUUCCUUUACUACCCUAUUUUACCACACUAGGACAAUGGAACACGCAAAUAUGCCACAGUAUUACACUGCAUCGGGUUUUUUUUGUUGGUCAUAGAAAACACUUCAAGGGUUUGACUUGUGUUGUUUCCAUCUUAGUCUGUCUUUCAUGCAGGCCAUAUUUGAUUAAUACUAUCACAGGUGUCCCAAGCUCAAAUCUCAAGAAAAAGCAAAUGAUUAAUUCAUGAAAGCCUCAUGCAUUGUGUGACUCGGUUUUAAGUUACGAUAGGAACCAUUGAGAAUUUGAACAUGUUAUAAGGAAUAGUAUGGGGAACAAAAUAUGGUCAAUUUACAACAAUAAAUAUUUCAGAAUAUGAACAUUUUACACGUAAAAUCGAUAGAAUUUACCCUCACCUUGAGUGUCAGUUUUGGUUUCUGGCGUUCUCUGCUGUAUUAAGCUUGCUUUGCUAUCACUGGUAUUCAGAAAUACCAGUGAUGGCAAAGCAAGCUUAAAAUGGCAGAGAACGCUGGAAACCACAAUGGACACAAAUGGUUUCACAUAUGAUAAACACACAGACAUUUUAGUCAAUGCUUGUACUCUUCCUUACCCCUAUGGAGCUCAGUAAAAUACUAUGCAACUUGAAAAAUGUACAACAGCCUUACAUAAUGUAACGUUCAGACCAUACAUUUAUUUUAUGAAUGUAUUGUUUGUGUGCCCAUUUAAAUAAAGUGUUUAUUUUAAUAUUAAAUUGAUUCAUCAGAAAAAAAUUGACAGUGUUUAGAAAAUAGCUGAAUGUGAAACUAUGUGUGCGGGGUUCAAUAAUAAAAUACAAACUAAAAA